CGUUUCUCCCAGUCUCCUCCCGUUGUUCGCGAGUGCAUCGAAACCAUCUUUCGUCGCUGUGUUUCAGCCCGCUGUGCGUUUCCCAUCCACCCGGUGGAUGUAGAAAAAAGAAGAAGAAGAAGAAGAGACGUCCUUCGCGUUGGAUAUUAAGAGCACGCAUCCAUCGAUCGAGGGAAUUACGAAGAGAAAAAAAAAGAGAAAAGAAAAUCGACAUCCCUCUCUCCUCGCGUGGAUCUUCCCGGUGGAAUCUGGUCCGGUUCCGUGGAAUGAGAGGACAGCGACACGAUCGCCGAGGGGAUCGUGAAAGCUGAGAAUUUUUGCUCGCCGAAUCGGAGAAGUAGAGGCGGACAGAGCGAAGGCCGUGGUCGACGGUGAGACAUCGAACGAGGAUCCGAUAUGCGGCUCAGGGAGGCUGUCGUCUCGAUACCGCUCCAUCCUGGGGGAUUGAACAACAAUCAGUUACGUAGGAGCGAGCAGAGCCAGCCGAUCACCGAGGAGAUCGCGAAUCGGAACGAGACCUCCUCGGCCACCGACUCGGUCGCGGCGAGUCGGAUCAACGCCGAUUUCGCGGCGGAGGUCGGCCAGGAUUUCCGCGUCGCCGAGGACACCAGCACGUGGUCCUCGAUCGCCAUCACCCGCGAGAAUGUCCAGAUCGAUGCCUCGGCCAACGACGCCAACUUGAACAACAAUCUGACGAUCCCUCGGAUACGAAGGAACAGCUCCGUGGAAAGUUUGGCCGAUUACGAAGGGCGCAACUCCUCUCACGAAGAUUCGUCCCACGAGUUGACACCGUCCGAGUGGUCCGACUGGUCCGAGGAGGGAAAUCUGCCCGCGGGUUGCCGCGGUAUCGUCAACCCCAAUUAUCCUGGCUUCCAACACUUGGCGCCUUCUCUUCUGUCGGACACAGAUCUGACCGAGGACGAGAGCUGCGAUUACACCAGGCUGAACGACAUCGACGCGAGGCCGGCAGAGAACGACAACGAGUACAACAACAACGUCGAGGAUAGCAUCAAUCACUUGUGCGGGCAGAGGAACGAGAGGAAGAUAUUUUACGAGAAACCUAAAUUCAAUAUACAGACCGUAACGUCUUUAUACGAGUCGGUGGUGCCGCCAUCGGAGAAAUGCAUAAACUACGUGAAAAGCGUUGAGGAUUCGAGAACGGAGGAAAAGAUCGUGACGCCGAAAUCGGACAUCGUGAACGACGUGGUCGAGGCGGAGACGCAUCUCACCGUUCUAGAGCCGGAAGAGGGCAUCGCGGACACGGUCGCGGAGAACGCUGCCGAAUUGUCGGAGGCUGUGCUGGAAGGGAAACAGGAGCGGGAGAUCCCGGUCGAGGUCGAGAUCGUGGAAUUGACAACCAGCGUGAAAGAGAGCCUCCAGUUUCCGGAAAUCGAGGAGAUACCGGACUCUGGGAAGACGAGCGAGGUCGGCGAGACGGAGGAUAUCGUGGUGGAGCACAUCGACCUGAUACGCGAGGCAAAGGAGUUGCCUCACCAGACCCGUUCCAAAAUAGGCAACCGUCAGACGGUCACGUCGACCGGCACAGCCGACGACGACUCGGAGAGCAACACCGACACCGACAGUUACCCGGAGGAGCAGCCCACCUACACCAAGCUCGAGGAGAUCGAUCUCCUCUCGAGCAUCGGCCGCGAUAUCGGCCUCGAUCUCGAGAAGUACGUGCAACCGGUGCCGGACGUGGUCGCGAUGGAAGCCGUCGACCCGCUCCACGCCUCCUCCAGAUCCUCCUCCUCCUCCUCCUCCAUGAUGAAGGACACCAUCGAGGACACGAACAAGCUGAUGGAUCGCGAUCUUCCCGAGGCGUCGAGCGCCGACACAAGGAAGAAGGAGAAGAUGGCCAGGAAUCAGGCGAAACGGAGGCAGCAGCAGCAACAGCAGCAGCAACAGUUGCACCAGUUGAGGGCGGCGAACGCUCAGAGGCGGCCCGACAAGAGGAGAGCCGACGCCGACAAUGGACCAGGCGGCUUCGAUGUCUACAAUAUCGAAACAGCGAUGCCGAAAAUCGAUCUGGACGCGAUCGAAUCUCAUUUAAGAGCUGCACGCGAAGAGGAACGACGGCGGCGAAACGAUCGUGAAGAGAUACGAAGGAGGUUGGCCAUGGGUCCAGACGCCGAAGACUUGCGCGCUGAACGCGGAAGAAAGCCGAGCCUUCAGUCGCGGCUUCAGAGCGGGAUGAACCUUCAAAUCUGUUUCAUGAACGAAACACCCUCGGACACGGAAUCUCCGUGUUCGGAGACCGACUCGUCCCCGGGAUCCACGCCUACCUCGCUCAACACGAAGCAACCGCAGAAACAGCAAAUGCCGAUCAGACCUCAGGUGCUCAGCCUUCCACCUUUGAGGCUGGACACCGGCUCGAAUUCGGCCCCGAUCGACGAGGCCGAUUUCUUCGCAAGGCAGGCGAGAUUGCAAACCGAGGCACGAAUGGCCUUGGCUCAGGCCAAAGAAAUGGCCCACAUGCAGAUGGAAGUGGAGAGGCAAAGGCUGAAACAGAGCCCCAUCACCGAGAUGGUGCGAUCCAGCCUCGAAAAAGUUGGCGUUCAACUCGGCGAGGAUAGGCGCAGAUUGUCACGAGUACUUUUAACGGAGCUAAACGUCGCCCAGCUUCAAGUGGUGGCGAACGACUUGCACGCGAGAAUCGCGGCUCUGAACGAGGCGCUCGUCGAGGGACUUUUGAGAAGGGACGAUUUGCACAUGGAACAAGAUUCGAUGCUCGUCGACGUCGAAGAUCUCACCAGAUAUCUCUUCUGCUGCGUUCACAUGCACAGAGGUGCCAAGCAGGAGUCGUUGAAGAAGAAGCAGAACGCGAGGGAGCAGCAGUGCACGGGGAGCAGCAGAAGUCAUCAUCAGCAGGGCGGCAACCCGGGCCAGAACAAAUCGUCGUCGAUCAAGCCGAAGCUGACGCACCGUGGCCUGGUCUCGUUGGUGAGGAAAUAAUGCCUCGCCACGAGACUGCGCGGUCUCGUCGGAAAUUAAGCGGGGAAGGCUUACCUUCCCGAGAGAGGACGCGAGCAAGUAUACGCAAUUAACAUCUGCUCGAUUCGAUCUGCCGAUCUCUCGCCCCUCCCUCCCCGAUCGAACAAUUUCUCGAACUCGACUCCCGGUUCCGGUAUGCUGGAACGAUCGCCCUUCCCUGCCCUCCCUCCUCCUCCUCCCUCUCGAGAGGAAGGGAACGAGAAACGAGAGAUUUAUUCGGACGAAAAGGGAUCGUAUUUCCAAAGGAAAUGCAAAUAUUUCGAGGCAACGGUAAGAGAAAAUCGAGUAAAAAUCUUCGUCUUGUCCUCGCGUGUGGAAGGAAAAGGAAAAAAAUGGAGCAAUAUUUCGCCUCUACUACGGAGCAGAUAAUACAAUCGUUUUUCUCUCCCCCCAUUUUUAGACGGGGGUUCAAAAAUAUACAUACGUAACAUACACGCAGCGAAGAAUCAAUCCUCUUUCUUCCUGCUCGACAGGGAAGAAGGGGAUCUUUUUCCAAAGUUUUUACAGCUUCAUUAUCAAGAUGGAAAGUAGCGUAAUAAUAACGUAAGUACGUGUGCUCGCGUUCAUUUGUAUUAGGACAUUGUGUGGUUGUACUGGAGGAUGAGAGAAAUCGAUGGGAUUAUUAUUAAGGAGUUGUCGAAAGGCUUUGAGAUUAUCACUGUCACCUGUUCAGAAAAUUGGACGUUAUAAAAGAUUCGUAUACGUUCUGAAAUUUCUUCUUAUAUAUAUAAAUAUAGUUUCGUCUUUUUUACGAAGCUGUCUUGUAAAUAAUUUUUACCAACUUCUAUCUAUCUAAGAUCAUUGUCUUGCACGAAUGCAAAAUUCUAAGAUCUGUUUGUACGAGAGUAAGACCCAGUGUCUUGAUACUUAUGAACGAGGGUAUACGUGUAUAUAAUAAUAUUGACCUGUUCAAGAAGUUCGUGCUGCAAUCCUUCUUUUCGAUCUUUUUUUCAUUCUUCUUCCAGUUCCGGACAAUUGACAAUAUUUACUUAUUUUAAUAAAAAUUUAAUCAUUCGCCUAAAUUCAAUUAUUCCACAAAAUUCUAUUUUCUUCUUAGUCAAAUACACGAACAUUUAUAUACGAACAUUCUUGAACAAAUCGAUACAUAGCCGAACAAAGUAGCAACAACAAGCAACAAGUACCCUUACUCGCCCUCCGACAUUAGAUCCGAUGGGGACGAGUGAUGCGACAUGGCAAUCUCGCAACGAUAAUGUUAUGCAAUUCGGUAACUUUCUGGAUUAUCGUAAAAUAAAUCUUCAAUAAAUCACUACACUUGAUCGAAUCGUUAUUUUCUAUGUAGAAAACUUCAAUUUCCAAAAUAAUGAAAAAUAACAAUCUAAUAAUAAGAAAGAGAUUCCAAACUGACUCUGAUGAGAAGAUCUUUUCAUCGAUUUUCGACGUACAAAUUGAAUAAUUUCAAUUCUUCAGAAACGGGAUACCUGUUUAAAAUUAAGCAACCAUUGCUCGCCAUCGUCGGAUCUUGAAUCGACGUCCCGAUCGAGACGAGAUGCGAUCGGUUCGUCUUGUUGUCUAUGUAGCCGAUAACCUCCCCUCCCCUCCUUCUCUCCUCCUCCCUCCCUUCCGCUCUGGUUAAAUCUUGCGGCCAUGCAUGCAUGUGUUCCCCGAGUGUAUCGCCUUUAUAUGAUAGCAUUACGUAAACGGUAGAUGCAGAUCUCUUCUCUAUGUUGUAAAUAAAGCGAAGCGGAUCAAUCAGCAGCGGAAAUUUUCGGAUUCGCGAGUCUGCAUUCGCGUUCUUCCGUCGCCACGCAUACGAGAAAUGGUUCUUUGUUCUCCACGGUCGAUGAUGUCUCUCUCUUUCUCUCUAUUUCGACGUCCUCCAUUCCUGAAAACAAAUCGAUCGCUCUAAUAAUUCUUUAUAACCGUACGAUAUUUUCGACGAUCAAAGACAACGAUCUCUCGAAUUUCGUGAAAACAUACGAUACGAUUGAAAGAAAAAUCAUUAUUGAAAUAUAUAUAUAUAUAUUGUUAAAUUGAAAGAGAUAUUGGAAAGAGAAUUUGAAUCACGUGGAAAAAAUGAUGUAUAUAAAAAUUUUGAAGAUGAAAAUAUAUGAAUAUAGAUAGGGCGUUAUAAAGGAUUAACGAAUAAUCGAUUCGUACCUGAUGGAACGGAUAUCACGAUAACGGAACGACGUCGAUGCGUGUGAUUUUUUUGAAGUUGAUCGAAUCUUUGCCGAUGUAUACAAUCGAUUCACCGAAAUCCUGCUGAAAAGAAAAGAAAAAAAAAUCUCCUCCCUUUCGCUUGAAUGGAUCUCGUCCCCGUUUCAAUCCGUGAAUCGAUAGAAAAUAGAAUGAAAAAUCGAUAGAAGGAAGAGAAAAUUGACAAAACUUCGAAAGUUCUUUUGGAGAUGGUUUCGGUGAACUCGUUGUAUCAUUAUAAGAGGAAGAUUAUUCUUCUUUUUGAACUGUUACCACAGAAACAGAGAAAAACACAAUUGUAAAGUCGAAUUUUAUUUGUAUAUCCACAUAAUCGAUCCAUUUUUUUAUUUCUUUUAAGAAAGAGAAACGUUAAUGAAACAUUAAUGUGUAUAAAUAAUCGUAAACUUAUUUCAUAAGUGAAAAAAAAAAAAAAGAAAAAACAUUCGAAAAAACGAGCAAUCUUAGACGAGCGUUUUUCAUCGUCGAAGGCGUACAUGUAUGUGCAAUUUACUUACGUACUCUCACAAAGUUGAGAAAAAGGUCAACGAUGCAAUAUGCAGCAGAGAAAGCGAAAGACAAUUACGAAUGCCGCAAACUGAGAUUUUUCUUUCGAAUCUCGUGUAUCAUAUGUUAUCAUCGUGCAACAACAUGCUUGAUUCUCGAUCGAUAGGAUCGUAGACGAUCUACAAAAGAUACAAGUUAUGUUAAUUUUAAAAAGGUACUCGCUACCACCACUCUUGAUCGAUAUCGUGUGUUUUAUACGAUUAAAAUUGUUUCCCGUGACGACAUUUAUCAUAUAAUAUAUUUAUAGAAAUAUAGAAUUAAAUAUCCAUACGAAUUAUUUUAGAUAAUGUAUAACUCAGUUGAGGAUUAAGAAUACGCGAUUAAGAAAAUUUUCACAUUUUCCCUAUUCCCUAUUCCCUCUCGAAACGUUCAUAAUGUCAUCAUCUUCCUUCGUUUCGAUUGCAAUUUAUUAACCACGUUGAAAUAAAUUUUUAAUCGAAAAACAUGCACAAAUAUUUGAUUGAUAGAAGAUAUUCGAUGUUACAUACAUACAUUAUUGUUUUCUUUUUUCCUUUUAGUUAAAUUUCGAUAUAAAGAAAAGAAUAUUCCUCUUUUAUUGCGAUAUAGAAUGAUAACGAUGAAAAUACUCUAUUUAUAUUUUGGUAACAAUCAAUCGAAAGCAUGUUUGUAAUUGUGACUUUAUUCGAAUUAUUUAAGAUCAUUCGAUUUUUAGAUAUUCAUAUUGCACGUGAGAAAUGACAAAGAUGAAACAAUUCUUGUUCCGCCCUUUGUAAAAAUUUAAAUUUAAAUAUAAAGUCGCACACGACGAAAGAGAACGAAGAACGCGUUACAUAUCUCUUAAGGAUUAAAAAAAAAAAAGAAAGAGAAAAAAAAAAAGAAAAAAGAAAACGAAACUUUAGUCCACGAACUAGCCAUAAAGUGUAAUCGAAUAGAAACGAAGGACUGAGUAUACAGAGUUUGAGAUUUAAAAAAAAAGAAAAAAAAAAAAGAGAGAGAAAUAAAAUAAAACUCCGUUUUCGACCGCCCGUUGAAACAGACUUUAGACUUAGCGAAAGCGUAAUCAAAAGUAUGUUAAUCGUGUACUUGAAACGGAUUAUCCGAGUUUUCCAUAAAACUAUUCACGUACUGAUUUACAUGUAUUCAUACGUAAAAAUUUAUCCAAGUAAGUUUAUUAAAGACGACACACAUUGUGUAUCAUCUAUCGAAUUUCCAAGUUUCUUGAUUUCGUAUUUACGCUUAAUCCCCUGCGUGAAUUACUUAAGAGAGAUACGAAAAAUUAUUAUAAGCGGAAAAAAAAAAAA